AUGGAGCCAUACAUGACCCUGACAGUCCAUUAUGUUACCAGGGACUUCACCAUGAAAAUUACAGUUGGAGACGGAAGAGGGAACUUGCUGAGGCCCAAAAGGAGCUUAAGCUACCAGAACACAAGCUUAAAAUUGAGUGUCCAACAAGAUGGGGCUCCAGACAAGCUAUGGUCCAGAGGGGUACUUGAACAGCUACCUGCUAUUUCACAUGUUCUCUCCUCUGAUCGGAAGGCUAGACACCUGGUUCCAACAUGGCAGGAUGUUGAAGUUCUCGAGGCACUCAACAAAACACUCAGCCCACUGACAGACUUCACUGAUGCCCUGUCAGGAGAGCAAUAUGUGAGCAUCUCCUCAGUGAAACCGGUUCUCCACCUCUUUGAAACAUCAGUUGUGGCUGUGCAGGAAGAUGACUUGGAUCUCACACGAUCAAUUAAGUCCAAAGUCCUGGUGUACCUUCAGGAAAAGUACAGUGAUCCAAAUACACAGGAGCUAUUAGACAUUGCCACAUCUCUGGAUCCAAGAUUCAAGAUGGACUACAUCCAUGAGGACAAAAAAACUACCAUCAAAGCCAGACUGACACAUGAGAUGACUGGCAUAACUUCAGUUGUGCAAAGUUCCACCUCAACUGCAUCCCCGGCCUCCCCCAUGAAGAAGAGCCGAAAGACCUUAGGCAGCUUCCUUAAAGCAGCAAAAGGCAAUGAGGCAUCAUCCCAGCCUGAGCAAGAUGUUGUCUCAGAACUACAGUCAUAUUUGCUCUUAAGCAACAUUGAUAGUGAAGCAGACCCCUUAGUCUGGUGGAGGGAACACAAGGGAGAAUUUCCAAGACUGUCUAUACUGGCCAAAAAAUACCUCUGUAUUCCUGCCACAAGUUCCCCUUCUGAAAGGGUGUUCAGCACAGGGGGGGACAUUGUAACGUGUCUCCGUUCCUCACUGAAGCCUCAAAAUGUUGACCGACUUGUGUUCUUGGCAAAAAACCUUUAAGCA